AUGACGCUCCCACCGACCGGGGUGACAGUAGUUCUUGGAUCCCAAUGGGGAGACGAAGGCAAAGGGAAACUAGUCGACAUCUUUGCAGCAGAGGCCGAUGUCUGUGCCCGUUGCGCAGGUGGAAACAACGCGGGCCAUACGAUUGUUGUCCAAUAUCCCGAUGAUGGUACAGUGAACGACAAAGUGCGAGGAAAGAAAAUCACCUAUGAUUUCCAUCUUCUCCCGAGUGGUCUUGUAAACCCCAAAUGCAUAUCUGUUAUCGGCCCGGGUGUUGUGGUCCAUGUCCCAUCAUUCUUUGCAGAAUUAGAUGCCUUAGAAGCAAAAGGCUUGGAUUGUAAAGGAAGACUCUUCCUAUCAGACCGAGCGCAUUUGGUAUUUGAUUUUCAUCAAAUUGUUGAUGGAUUGAAAGAGGUGGAGCUGGGAGGCAAAAGUAUCGGUACGACCAAGAAGGGAAUUGGCCCAGCCUAUUCCUCAAAGGCAUCGAGGUCUGGGAUGCGCGUACACCAUCUCUUCGAUCACGAAGUAUUUUCUUCCAAGUUUCGCAAGUUAGUAGAAGGCCGUUUCAAGCGCUAUGGGCACUUCGACUACGACACCGAGGGCGAGAUCGUUCGCUACAAGGAACUUGCUGAUCGUCUUCGUCCAUACGUUAUCGACUCCUUGACCUACGUACACAAAGCGCUCGAGGACGGGAAGCGCGUACUCGUUGAAGGCGCUAAUGCAUUGAUGCUCGAUAUUGACUUUGGAACAUACCCAUUUGUAACAAGCUCCAGUACAUCAGUUGGAGGCGUCUGCACUGGUCUCGGUAUCCCCCCCAAGAAGAUUGGUAACGUCGUUGGCGUCGUAAAAGCUUACACAACGCGCGUUGGAGGUGGUCCUUUCCCGACUGAACAGCUGAAUGAUAUUGGGAAACAUCUACAAAGUGUUGGUGCCGAAGUUGGUGUGACCACUGGUCGAGUGCGGCGUUGUGGGUGGUUGGACCUCGUUGUGUUGCAACAUUCGAACCGCGUCAACGGAUAUGAUGCGCUCAAUCUGACCAAACUGGACGUCCUAGAUGGUCUGGAUGAAAUAAAGGUGGCAGUUGGCUACGUACUCGACGGAAACCCCAUGGAUGGAUUCCCUGCGAACUUGGAUACCCUUGAGCAGCCUGGCUUUCAAAUAAAAUACGAAACGCUGCCGGGAUGGAAGGAGCCAAUAUCAAGUAUACGUCAGUGGGAGAAGCUACCUGAGGCGUGCCGUUCUUACGUCCAAUUCAUCGAAAGGUUCUUGGGUGUUCCGGUCAAGUGGAUAGGUGUUGGCCCUGGCCGGGAUGCCAUGAUAAUUAAGCCAUAG